AUGUUUGAUAAGCCAAACAGCAGCGCCUUUCAUGCCAUUGUCCUCUUCUUAUUUACUAAGCUGGAUCCAUCCCGCACAGCACGAGUUUUCGGACGCUAUUCCUUUGCACUAGGAAGCUGCACAGAUCCUGGAUUUAGGAAGCAGUGCUCUAUAUGGCUAAAAGAUAUUGCAAAGGAAAACAAAGUCUAUAUUCCACGAUUUGCACCUUCUUCAUUUAUUUCUCCUGUUGGUCCUAAAAUUAUUCACCUAUUGUAUUGGUUUACAAGAUACGUAGCGGUUGAAGACAUGAAAAAAAACUCCACAGGUACUGAUAUACCUUUUGCUGAAGCUGUAAAGUUGAGACCUAAGGAUAGAUACAUGGCAGAUGCAAGACGUAGAGUUGCAUACAAUAAACUUCUGCAAAUUUUUCAAAAGCAAGAUUUUGUUACUCAAGAAUAUGAGAAAAAAGCACAGCUUUUAAGUAAAGAAAUACAACAGAUAAAGUCUGAAUAUGCAGUCCUUCAGACACAGUCUUGUCAGAUGAAACAAAAUGACCGAAACAAAAAUGACAGAACUGAGAGAAUUCAAAAGGUCCGCAGUAUGUGGACAGUUAUAAUGGAAAUGCUUACAUCUCUGAAAAAGGAAAAGGAAAUUGUGGAUUCUGUACUUGAUGCACUUGAAGGUUGUGUUGGUCAGUGCAUUUUAGAUGGAACUAAUGUUAUUGUCAGUGUUCCACCACUGUUGGUUCACAGAGUUGAACGUGACAUACACCAAAUUUGUACAGGAGAUGUAUAUGAAGCUGAAAAACUGAAUUUCUUAACAGUCAUUCAGUUAUUAAAUGAAGCCCUGAGGACACUGAGGGAUGAACGUUGUCAGUCUGAAUUACAAGUACAACUUCAGGUCAUUGAGAAUAAGAUUACGCUUCACAGUAAAGCACUGCAGAAUUUGGAAGCAAAGAGGCUAAAAAUAGAGCAACAGGAUUGUGUGUCAGUGAGUGGAUCUCUUUCUAGCAAUCAGGAAGGCUGGGAAGUGAAGUGGAAAAGCUGUCUUGGCCACUGUCCUUUUAAUUUCAUCUUAGGUCAGGAUCCAAAAUUUGAUCUGCUAAGAGCUUUGCCACCCCAUACUUUUAAUCUUGCAGAAGAAGAUGAUGAUGACAAUAGUGUCUUUUGUCAACGUCUACUAUCAGUUUCAGAUGUUUCUGACUCCGUUCAUGAAGUACGUUAUGAGAAAGAUGGUGGGGCACUGGAAACUACAAUGGAUAAGUUGUCACCACCACCAGGAUGUUUUGUUUUGUUUUUUUUCUCUUUAUCCUCCCCGCCCCCGCCAAGGUUCUCUUCAGUGCCUUUGGAGUGGUCAAAAGCAUCUGACAACAGAGACAUGUUAAUUGAAAAGAACUUGCAUAUUGAAACUCACAAGGGGAAAAAAAAGCCUGUGCCUCCAAAGAUCUUAAAAAAUGGAAAGGAUGAGUCUGCCAUUUCAGAAGUGUGGGAGAAUGCAGGUGAUCAUGUUAUCCAGGCAGAGUCUCCUGUCAAAAAAGAAGACCCUCUUAAGAAAGCCAGUGAUGAACUGGCAGAAGAGGUUGCAAGAACAGUGGUAUCUGAGUCACCUCAGAGUGGUGAAGAAAAAGGAAUGGCAUUAGAAGAUCUCCUUAGCUCACUGGCUUUAAACCCAUUUGUAACAAGGAAACAAAUUCCCCGAACUCCAGAAAAUCUGCUUACUGAAAUUAGAAGCUCAUGGAGAAAAGCUAUUAAGACUGAGGUCUCAUCAGACAUAGAGCUGGCCCCAACUGAACUAAUGAUAGAAGAAGCUCCAAAGGAUGCUACACCUAUAAUGCAGAAGGUGGCAGACUGUAUGUGCUCUACCCUUGCAUCUCCUGUACCUGAUGCUGAUCCUCCCUUGUCAGAAAGUAAGUCCCAAUUAAGUUCUACAGAGUUUAGACCUCAAGAGCAGAUGAGGAUAAGUCGUGUUGUUGAAUCUCCAAUUUUGGAAACACCUGGAAUGCAGGAAAGUGAGACAACUGAAGAACAGGAAUUAAAAUGUGUUGUUUUGAAUGGAAGUUCUGUAGAAGAUACAGAGGAACAGACUUCUCAAUGUGUAAAGAAGAGCAUAAAUACUCCAGAUGUUUGUUCAGAAAAUAAUAGUAGAACAAAAGUUCUAUCUUCAGACCACUUUCAGGGUUCCUUAAUGGAGGGGAAGCUGCACUGGAAUGUAUCUCCAUUGUUAAGUUCUAUCCAUUGUGAAGCUGCCUGCUUGACGAUAGUGGAUGAGACACUUCCAGAAGAAAUUGAUAACAUAGAUUCCAACAAAUCUGCAAGGUCAGAGUCUGAUUUUGAUAUAAUGGACAGCAUGUAUGUAACAAGUAGUUCAAAAAAUGAGGGGGAUAUUAAAAAAUCAAAGCUAGAUCUACAGUCCCUGUUCAACACAUAUAAAGCACUGGAAAAGGCUGUAUCUGGAAGUGAAGAGGAGCUGCAUCAAACACAUAAUGGAGGUGAAUCUGUAAGUUGUAGAUCAGACCAAAGUAUUGCACCAGAAAAAAGAGAGAGAGAUGAAUUGUGCAGUCCUCUAGAACUCUUCUGCUUGGAUGAAGAAUUUACCAAGACACCAUCGCCAAUAUCUCUUAAUGAAAGAAAAUAUUCCCUGUCAUCUUUGCUGUUAUCUAGUCAACGUCUGGAGGAAAUGGCAUCAAUGGUACACGAAAUCCCAUUAGACUUACUACGUAAAUUGAAGGAUGAAGAGCAAUUAAAUGAGAAGCCGGGCACAAAGGAACCAUCAUCAGGAUAG